AUGAACAAGAAGGAUUUAGAAUAUCGCGAAUAUCCUAUCAAUGAUGAUAAUGAACAAAACCUAACAAUACCUUAUAACGAAAUCGAAGUGUUUCAUUCGAUCUGGGAUGCUUUACGGUGGAAACACAUUCGCAGACGGGUACCAAUUUGCUUCAAGAAGACAAUCCGUAGUCGAUAUAUGCUCGCUAAUUUGGUGUACUUGGGUUACACAAUUGGAUUUCUCGUAGCAGAUUUUAGUUUUCCCAUUAAUGCAUCGACCGAUGAGACGUCGAAUAUAUCGGAUAGUACAGCUGUGAUGACAACUGCAAUUCUUGAUCAGCCUGCUGGUGAUCCACCAGUAGUUAAUAAAAUGUAUUUUAGUGAGUCACAAUUUCUAGAUCAUUCUAUUCUCUAUUGGUGGGCGUGGGAUGAUCGAUCAUGGCGUGAUGUGAUUAUGAUACCUGAAUAUCUCAAUAUGAUCGAAGCUGGACUUUACAUCUGGUCAACUAGUUGGUAUCCAAGACUAGACACACUUGGAGGUUAUUAUACAAUGUUCAUUCAUAAAAUUGAAACAACGGCCGGUGUUAUCGAUGUAUUCGCAACAUUUGGAUGGAUUAUGUCUUGGUAUAUGACAUACACACGUACACUUGGUCGUGGUUUUUCACUCGAUGAUCCCGAUGUAAUCGCAUUUUCCAUGACGACGCUAGGUGCCAUAGUUUAUGUGGUGUACAACGUUCAAGUUCUGAUCCACCCAGAAGAUUAUGAUGAUAAUACAUUGUAUACGAAGGCAGAUAUCAUCUUCUUUGUUGGUGCUUGCUUUUAUAUCUUUGCGAAUAUGCGUGAUCUCAAUUGGUUUUGGUUUCUUCCAUUAGCUGGUCAGUAUGGAGUGGCACCGGGUAGAGUUUCUGUUCCAACAAAAGUUCUACCACAAUAUGGUGAAUGUCAUCGAGUAUGGCGUGGUGUUUCCAAAGAUGUUUGUGACGAUUAUUGCGAAGGAGAUGAAAUGACAUGGUGGACAUUGACUUCGGUAACAUCUUCGUUCGAUGUUCUUCAAUCACCGAUGUAUUUGGGUCGAGAAAAAGUACAAACGAUAUUUGAAAUUGAAACGAAAUAUGGUAAAUCUAUUCGAGAAUAUUCACAUCUGCAAAAUGAUGACGAAAUUCUUCUUUUACCUGGAAUUAACCUAAAAGUGAUUGGAUCAUCGAAACAUUCCGAUGGAAUUCACAUUAUUCAUUUGCGUGAGAUUAACUCGUUCGUUGAUUUACUACUCACUGAAUAUCACAAUCCAAAACUCGAAGAAAUCAUCCAAUGCACCGAAGAACNAACCGAAGAAAAUGGUACAUUAUCCUUAGAUUCGAUGAAUUUGAAUGAUAAAGACAUGAAAAUCAUUGUGAAAUUAGGCGUUCGUGACAAGCGAUGUAUUGUAAUCAGUCUUUGUAACAAUGCAAUCACAUCUGUCGGUGCUUCGAUCUUAUCUCAGAUGUUUAAGUAUUAUAAUUAUUUCAUGAAAUUGAUUCUUGAUGGAAAUCAAAUUUUAGACAAAGGUGUUGAAGCGAUUGCAAAGAACGCAUCAGGUCACAUGAUUGCUGUUCGGAUUCUCAAAUUAAAUUCUGUUGGAAUGACCGAUGUCGGUUGUCAAUAUUUAGCUCAAAUGGUUCGAGUGAAUCAUUCCAUCUACCAUAUCUAUCUGAACGAUAAUCAGAUUGGUAAUCGAGGACUUCGAGUAUUACUUGUGACAAUUGAAUCUUGUGAGAACUGUCUCAAAACAUUAACUUUCGAAGGCAACAAACGAAUAACUGAUGCGAGUGUAGAUUUCAUCUGCACUAUGACAUCAUCAUUUCAUUAUUUUCAUCACCUAAAUGUUCGUGACUGUAGCAUAUCAGCCGAAGGAAAGAAGAGAUUGCAACAUGCAGCUCAACAACGAAAUUACUUUACUAUUGGUGUUUGA